GCAUGCCAAGAAGUCAGUCAGUAGAUACCAUGCUUUUAUAUGGUUCUAAUAAUGGUCCCUUUUGCUGCAGAUCAAUAUAUGCAUAUCUAAUUAUAAAAAGGGGAAUUUUAAUAAUAUAACAAUUCACUUAAACUUUGACACACAUGUCGGGACUAGUUAAGCUAUUUCCAUUGACGUAUAGGAACGCUAAAAUUGACUGAACUAACCAAUAGCACUACCAAGAGCACUUUCUUACAGGUCACAUGAUCAUUGGACUUUGAAAUUAUGCCUCACCAGUUGAUAUGAACAAAUGUUAAGUCACCCACCUUCACGUCUGGUGUGUUACAUGUUUCCUGAGGUUUCUUAGAUCAGUAUUACGAAUCCAGCUGCUUGAAAUAUUCUUUUUGCAAAUGAUCGCAAAAUAACUGGUGAAUACACAUUAACAAUGAUGAGUACAUUGUAAUCUAGGAUUCCCUGUUUUUUUCACUAAGAAGGCAUACACAUAUUUGAACAUUCACGGUCACAAACAAAGCAAAUGCUUACGGAUUGGGGAUUACGAGUCGCAGGCUUUCAGGCUUUUCUUGGGGGAUAAACCUUGUUUGGAUAAAACCUUUACCCGGACCAACUUUCCCUUGGAUCAGAGAGCAGUCCAAGAGGGAACGAGAAGCCCAAGGGAAGCCUGUAGACCUGUAGAGACGUGGAAAAGCAACCAACAUCUUCUUCAGGUCAUCCCCAAAUAAUAUAUUUUCAUGCAAUAUGAUUACAGAGUGUCUCUAUGGCCUUCUAGGGGAGAAUGCACUGCUGUACGUCUCGGCCACCUUUGUGGUUCUGUGGAUCGUGGGCUGGCUCUACCGAGACAGCUUGGUGAUUGAAAACGUCACUGAAAAGUAUGUCUUUGUGACGGGCUGCGACUCUGGGUUUGGGAACCUACUUUGCCGCAAGCUAGACGGUAAGGGUUUCCGGGUGCUGGCGGCCUGUCUGACGGAGAAGGGUGCCGAUGACCUGAAGAGGGUGUCAGGACCUCACCUUAAAACGGUCCUACUGAAUGUGACCUGUCUGGACAGCAUUCAGAAAGCAAUGGAGUGGACCAAAAAGGAGGUUGGCGAUAAGGGUCUAUGGGGCAUUGUGAACAAUGCAGGGUACUCUCUGCCUAUGGGCCCCACAGAGUGGAUGAAAGUGGAGGACUUCCACAAAACGCUGAACGUCAAUUUGAAUGGAGUGAUAGCCAUGACCGUGGCCUUCCUGCCGCUUGUCAAGCUGGCCCGGGGCAGGGUCGUGAACAUAGCAUCGGUCCUGGGUCGGGUCGCUGCCAACGGCGGUGGAUACUGCAUCUCCAAGUUUGCCGUAGAGGCCUUCUCCGACUGCCUCAGGUCUGCCCUCCAUCAUCAUCAAAGGCAGAGUGUGUGUGUGCAUACUGCACCAGUCUACUUCAUUAUCUGCUCUGUUCUUCUGUCUAUUAGGAGGGAUAUACACUACUUUGGAGUCAACGUUUGCAUCAUUGAGCCGGGGUUCUUCAAGACAGCCGUGACCAGCCUUGAUCCCAUAGAGAAGGAGCUGCAUCGUCUGUGGAACCAGCUCAGCCCUGAGGUGCAGGCCAGCUAUGGAGACAAGUACCUUGAUAAGUAUAUCAACAUCCAGCGUUUCAUUAUGAAUGGCAUCUGUGACAAGGACCUAGCCAAAGUGACCAACUGCAUGGAACAUUCCCUGACAGCUGCCUAUCCCCGAACCCGAUACAGCGCCGGCUGGGAUGCCAAGCUCCUCUGGAUUCCACUGUCCUAUAUGCCUGCCUGUGUGGUGGACAUUGGGCUGAAGUUGGUUAUGCCACGGCCUUCAAAGAGUGUGUAAGAGUAGAGAUAGGAAAUAGGACAAUAGUUUCAGUCUCUGCCUUCUUAUUUUGAUGCACACCAUUUCUGCCUGCAAUACAACCAAGCUACCAAGGGACAUUGCAGAUCUACCCAUGAAAAACACAAACACACGAGAUAGUACCUUUAGGGAUGUCUUGUGCAUAUUAAAAAAAAUAUAAAAACAAUAACAAAUAACUAACUAUUUAGAUAGUGUAUAAUUUAAUUGAUGCAUUGUUUGUUUACAAUACUCGUGCCUUGUUGCCAGUGUUAUUUAUGGUCCUGUAAUGUAAGAAAUUUUCAAGGAACAUUCAAAGCAAUAUUAUGAUGAAUGAAGGAUGGACACUAGGAGUUAUUAUCAUAAUUUUUGCUCUUGUUUAACGUGUUUAACAUCAAUAAAAUUAAUGAUGCUAGUGAA